AUGAACAACUCCGAUUUUCAACGCUUGCUCACCACCAAUGACAGGGAGCUGGUGACGGAGCUGACAAAGCGCAAAAAAGGUGGCAGUGCAAAGGCCGGCAAGGGUCAAGGAAAAGGCAAGGAUGACAAGGCUAUUGCCCGAAUAGCGAAAGCGAACCGGUACAAGCAGAAAGCAUUGGACAAAGCUGAGAAGGAUGCCGAAAAGAACAAGUACAGGGAUCGAGCAGCAGAGAGGCGUGACGCAAAAGGCGAGUACGAGAAAGUCGCGGCCGAAUUCGAGAAUCAUGGAGAGGUGCCGGUUGACCAGUCAAAGUACCUGGGAGGUGACCUGGAGCACACUCAUUUGGUGAAGGGUUUGGACUUUGCCUUGCUGAAUAAAGUCCGCACAGAGAUCGCGAAAAAGCAGAAGGCAGACGAGUUUCAGAAAGCUAAGCAGGAGCGAAAAAUCACUGGUGGCAAGCAGAAGAAGACCUUCGAGCAUAUGGUAGCGAAGAAUGUCUGGUUGACGGUAGUGGAGACGCUGCAUCCCCACCACAGCACCUUCAAGGAGCGGGUGCAAAAGAUGGGCAAGGCCAUAGCGCAGGGCCAUCGGAUCAGAAAUGCCCCCUCGGUCUUUCUGCCCGGGCGCAUGGCCUUCGAGUUUGACACCGAUCUGGAGAUGGGCAAAACGGACAUCCCCCGAAUCGUCUACAUGAGCAAGGAGGAGGUUCCUGUGAGUGAAAUGGGCAAGCGAUCUUCCGGAAUGCUUCCAGAAACUGCGGUUAGAGUUCGAAAUGCCAUGCAGAAGGCAGCAGAGGAUAAAAAGCAGCGGAAACUGCAAAAAAACCUCGGAGCAGGCGCAAGUUACACCACUGCCCAGAAGAUCGAAGUCUCCAAGGUCAAGGCCAGAGACGGCGACAACGACAUCUUUGCUGGUGCAGGAGCCUUUGAUGUCAAUGAGAUUGUCCGGAAGGCCAGAGCAGAGCAAGCCGCCAAGCGAGAUAAUGCGGACGUGAAGCAGGAGAAGGAGGUCUCCCUAGAGAAGGAGAAGCCCAAGAAAAGUUCUUACUUUGAUGAUGCCGGGGACGAGAAGUACAGGAAGGCACCGGAUCGCCAGCUUGAUUUGGAGGAGAUCGAGGUGGAGGAGUCGACCUUGGAGCCUGGAGAGUUUCACAAACCCACGGGCCGCUUCGAGGCUUCCAGAAAGUUUCGCGGAGCUCGCAAAAACUGGGUGUUCAAGCUGGGCGACGAAGGGCUCGGGUAUUAUGAGGAGAUACCGCCGAAGAAGGCGGCCAAGCCCGCAGAUCCUGCCAAGCAGCAGGAGAAGGAUCCACGUAAGCGGAAGCCAGCUGCAGCGAGCAGCGGGGCGCAGGGCAUGGGCAAUCCUGGCAACGAAGCCUACGAUGAGCUCUUCCCAAGUUCAAUGAUGGGCGGAGCCAUGAUGACCACGCACAGUGAUGACAGCGACGACGACGAUGGGAAGAAGAAGAAGCAGAAGGGAAAAGAUGGAAAAAAGGGCACGGCAGAAGACAGCGUUGCGGCUAACAAGAAAGGUGCAGAAGCCAAGAAGCGCAAAAUGAACGAGAAUCAGCAGUGGCAGAAGAUCGACAACAUGAUCAAAAAGGGGAAGGUCACAUCCAUGGAGUCCAUGGAGGCAUUCCAUGGGCAUGGGCGGCAGAAGAUUGCGUUUCACGAGUGGCAGGUCCUGGCGUGGCUAUUCAUGCCUGGAGGAUUCGUUGGGAGCUUCUUCGUGCAACACUGCCGGUUCGUGAAGGGUCCAAUGAUGUCCGAAGGACCGGAGGGAGUGCAGAUCAAUAGUGGCCGAGUGCCAUGGUCACGGAUUUCCGUUCUGCUCCACUACAUGGUCUUCGAGUCCUUCAUGUCUUGCUGCCGAUCAGGUGGUGUGGGCGUCCCGGCGCCGUUCGCUUUGCAGGCACCGAAAGGCUUCAAAAAAGCCCAGCAACUGCUCACAUUUCACACUUCAGAUCCUAGAACCGGUAUGGCAGCAAUGGCUUUCGUGAUGGCAAAGAGCUCCGCCUCCACACCAGGCUCUGCCAUGCUGUCCGCGAGCACGAAGGCUUCGGCACAGCCGCCGCCACAGGGCAAAGCCCCAGUGCAGGUGCCACCCAAAGCACAGUUGGCAGCACAGCCACCAGGUGUGCGCAUUAAGGCGCUGGACGCCGCGAUCGAGGCAGACCCGUUCGAUCUCAACAGUUGGGAUGCGCGACUGCGUGAGGCGAUCCAGGAGGGCAAAGCGGAGCCGGUCUUCGAGCGGGCCGUGACACAGCUGCCGUAUGCAGCUCGCAUCUGGGCGGCUUAUGCCGAAUGGUCCGAGAUGCAGGACUCUGCAGUGGCUUUGGGGGUGUACAGCCGGUGUCUACAGCAAGUGCCGAAUCUGGACCUUUGGUUGUCUUUCCUGAACUUCUCGAAGCGGCAUCAGACGCUCGAGGAGGUCCUGCGAUCCUAUGGCAGAGCCCUUGAUGUUCUCGGCAGCGACUGGCGGGCUGCACCAGUUUGGUCUGACUAUCUCGCUCUGUUGAAGCAUGCCUACAAUGUCCAGCAGAAGAAGGAGAACCCGGAUGCAGAACUACAGGGGAAGCUGUUGGCCGAAGACCCGAAUCCAAUUGACAGUGCGCGACGAACACUGAAGCCCGCGCUGAAGCAAAAGCAGGAGGAAGCUGGGCGGGCAUCCGCAGACAUAUCAGAUGCAGAAUUCCUUCGUGUGUCGGAGAUUCUGAAGAUUGACACGGAUUUCCUACGUUGCGUUUUCCAGCGCUGUGCGGGGGCUUCGCACAGCACCAUGGACAAGCUUUGGGUGGGCUACGAGCAGUUCGAAAAAUCGCAGGGCAAUCCUGCCUUAGCGGCGAAGCUGAUGUCCGAGCACAUGCCGCGGUAUGUCCGUGGCAAAGCAGCAUACAAGGAGCUCUCGCAACUGGCCGCGAACAUCGAUCACUAUGCGGUGGCUGUGCCGCUGACACCACAGAAUGUGGCCGACCAGAGCAAACUGUUUGAGAAAUGGCGGGCUGUGCUACGCUUCGAGCGAACGAACCCGCUCCAGUUGGGCACCGAAGAGCUGACUGCACGGGUUGCCCUCGUCUACCAGCAGGCGUCGCUGGCAUGUGGCUUCUUUCCGGACUUGUGGUUCGACUUCUCCGCAUGGUUGGACUUGGGCGGGAAGCAGGAGGAGGCCACGGAUGUCUUGCGCAAGGCAGUGGAGCGCUUCCUGCCGAAGGAUCUGACUCUGCGUUUGCUGCUGGCGCAGCGCUUUGAGCUGGGCGAGUCGCCCUUAGCGGCAAGCAAACUGGAAGCAGCCGACGACGAGUACAAGAAGUUGAUGGAAGACAUGCCGAAGCCUUGCCCGCUUGCGCUCAUCAAUUACCUUGCUUAUGUUAGAAGACAACGGGGAGCUAAUGACUUCCGGGAUACAUUCCUGGAAGUGACAGAGGCAUCUCCGCACUGCAGCUGGGAGGUGUACGUGUUUGCGGCAAUGACGGAGUAUCAUGUAUACGGCUCCAUCGAGGCGGCAGCUGCUGUCUUCCGCUUGGGCCUGGACCGAUAUGGGGACCGUGAGCCGGCAUUGCUCGCCGCCUACGUGAACUUCUUGCUCGGUUGCAACGAUCUGCGCAGCGCGCGUGCAGAGCUGUCACAGGGUGUCCUCGAGCGACUGCAACAGGCCGUGCGCGAUCGGCUGGCAAAUCGCGAGGAGAGUCUUGGACUCCGGGAAAGUUUGGCUUUUCUGUGGCAGAAGUGGGCAAGGCUAGAAUGCUACUUCGGCGAUGCAGAGGCAGUCCGACGUGCCACAUCCUUCCGCGAUUCCGAGUAUCGAAACCUCCAGCGGGACCUGGAAGUAGAUGCCGAGAAUAUCUUGCAAACACCCAUCUCUUUGGGCCUGUCCACCUCAAUCCAGGAAGUGGAAGAAGGUUUCCGUUUUCUCCAUCUGAUUCCCAGGUCAACUCGUCCGCAGCUUGCAGCCUACGCAGAGGUUGUGGAAACGGUGCAGCUCGAGGAUCAAUCUGUUGCAGACGCAGAAGGUGAUCACAGACGCUUGGGGAAUGCAACUCCGGCGAUUGGGCUUUCUUCCCACAUAGCGCGUCCGGACACCUCCAAGAUGUUGACAUUCAGACCGGCGCUGGACAUUGCCAGUGUUCGGAAGAGGCAGCUGGAAGCAGGCCAGGAGCGUGAAGACAAAGCCCAGCUGCCGGUGAUGAUUCCAAAGUGUCUCCAAGAUCUACUGGCGGUGCUUCCUUCCAGGCCGCUGAAAGGAGCAAAGCCUGACGUGGACUACCUUCUCACCGUUCUACAGACGGUGUCGAUUCCUCCAGUCUCUGUGAAGGAGCUGGAUACAUUCCGGUACGAUAGUCUGCGACUGCUGAAGACAGAAGAGGACACUCGCAGGAUCGUGAAAGAUGAAGAUGAUGGGAACGGCUUCUUCAGUUCUCGAAGUACAAUUUACCGAGAACGGCUGCAAGCAAAGCGCCAGAAAGUCUUGGUCGAGCAACACGCGAAGCCAGUCAUGCUACGCAACAAGUGCCAAGUCUCGUUCGAAGAAAGGGUGCUGCAUGCUAGCAUUGAGGUUGCGCCAGACAGCGGGGAGGCAGUUGCCACUAUUGGAGGCGAUACAACGUGCACUUCGGUGUGGUCUGCGGUGUCAGGCGACGUCCGUUUCGUCGGAUGCCCAGAGCUGCAGGAUCAGCUGUCUGAGCCAUUGCAGCAAGAUGGACAGAGCACCAGCAUGGAGGAAAGCAGUGCAAUCGGGAGUGCCAGAACGCUUGAUUGGCUGGACGUCCGCUCGAAAAAGCCGUCUCCGCGCGAAGUAAUGGCAUCCCUGGACGACCAGCCUUUUGACAAGGAGCAGAAGCGACUCCGGCGUCUCCUGGAUGAGGCAAGACAAGAAGGGCGAACACCAGAUGACUCUUUGCUCCAGCGCUGCGGAAGGCAUGGUCUUCUCAAUGAGGUCUUGGCUUUCCUCGAUGAGAACAGAGGCGUCGCAGUCGAGGCUGCAAUCGCGGCCUGCGUUCCGAGUGGACGAUGGCAACAGGCUCUAUCCUUGAUCACCGAUCUUCAAAACGAGGGUCUGGAGAUCAGCCAGAAGGCGCUUUAUCAUUCUAUUCGUGCCUGUUCUCGAGGGGCUUGGCGAAAUGGGCUGAAGCUCCUUGGCAUCGCAGGCGAGGUGGCGCUCGAUCCCGACUCACGAUCGUACGCAGCAGCAAUGGCAGCGUGCCGCUGGGAAGAGCGACAGAGAUCCGUAGCAGCUGCAGAUGCCAUGCUGCUGUAUGAUGAGUUUAUGUCUCUGUCCAAUGCGGCAGCAGGAUCUCAGCUGAUCCGCGAGGCGGCUCAAGCCUGCGAGGUGCUCUUCCUUCUUGAUGGAAGUGGGCUGAGCCACAAGCCCGAUGGCACGGAGCGUGGGCAUUGUGGCGAUGCCAUGGCUUGGACGACUCCGAAUCAUCAUUUGGACAUGCCCGAGAAGCUCAUCUCAUGCUGCCGCCAAAUCCGCGAGCUCGUCCCAGCAAGCCGUGUUCGAGUUUUCGUGGACAUUCACGGUUUCGGCCGGCUUCAAGCCAGUUCCAGCGACGAUGCAACGCUGCCUCCUUCCUGGGUACAGUGCGUGCCACCCGGCUGUCGCGUUGCAGACUUUCUGUUGGAAUUUGGGCGCAAGCGUGCUGGCAAUGGCGGGGAUGUGAGUGUCGUGUCCAACGCUGCGGAUGUGGUGGAGAGCUGCCAGACUUCGGAGUCAAAGUUGCGACAGCUGCAUUUCAUGAUUGUCGAUGGUGACCUGGUGAUGCCCGGCCUGCGGAGUCUGCGGAGCCCACAAAGCGAGCAGGAGUGGCGAGGCAUUCAUCCACCAGCAGACCGAAAAGGACGCAAGCGCAGCCGCUCACCACGGCGAGUAGAAAUGGGAGGCGCCGGCCAGGGCAGCCAGGCUGGAGAGGCUGAAGCCAGUGAUACUCUUCGCGAUUCCCAGCUCGAUGGCGAGCUUUUGGAGGAGCCCUUGGGGGCGCUCGGAGACACGCAGAUCGACGGUUUCCAGGACCUCGAGGAUGCACGACCGUCUGCUUUUCCCAUUGGAGGCAUGGUGCCGAAGUUGACCAUGCCACUUGACAUGGCCGUCUGCUACGCGGAUACCCAGGUUGUCGAGGACUUGCCGCAAGAGUUCGUGGAGCAGUCAAAGGCGGCUUCUGCUGACAGAGCAUCGCCACACUCUCCUGCACACACUCCACCCUCCGAGCCCUCAGCCGUGGCAGCAUCUGUUCCGGAGCCUGUCCAAGCCAGCAGCCAGAAUGGAAGUUGCGUCUCCUGCAGUUGCGCGGAAAACACUGCGCGAUCACAGCAUCGCGAGUGUCGUGGGGCGGGGGAAGUGAUGCCGAAGAGCUUGCACUCGUGCGGUGCCGAGGGCGAUGUACAGAGGCCUUAUCGAAUCCGCAGGCGAAGUGAGAGAAGUGAGCCAGCAGUCUCGUAUGAGAAGCUGACACCGGAGAGCAACGAAGAAGGAGGGUGCAUGCUGCCCGGGGUGAGGCCUGCUCAGAUCUACGGCUUUGUGUACAGCUCUGUCGUCCGAAACUGCGCGGAGGCAUCUCAGUGGGAAGUCGCAGUGUCGUUGCUGCUGUCCUCCACAGGCGUGGCAGAUGUAUCAGCUCACUGUGCUGGGCUGAUUGCUUGCCGCGUUCGUGGACAUUGGGAGGAAGCGGAAGCACUUCUUGAGGCACUGCAGGUGGCACCCCAGGUGCAUGGGCGUCGCUCGAGGCCCUUCCCCGCUCGUCGAAACUUGCCCCGCAAUGGCAUGUCCGCUGAUGACACGCGACGGGACUAG